CGCGCGCCUGUCUGUCUGUGUGUGUGUCGGAGAUUUUCACACUGUCCAUCAGCACGGCCGCGCGCGCAGCCUCACGAGCGACCGAGAGCAGCACAGAGCGCGAGCGCGAGCCACGGCGCGGGGAACGCUACACGCCGAAGAGCAGAGGACCGGGCGGUGCAGGAAGGCGCGGAGUGAACAGCAGGGUGCCUCUCGGUGCCCGCGUGCGUCCAUGGCGGCGAAGCUGAACCCGAACACACUGUACGUGCGCGAGCCGGAGCGCGCCGACGCGGGGGACGAGUCAUCCGACAGCGACGGCGAGCCGGAGGAGAGCUCCCACAAACUCAUCCGCAAAGUGUCCACCUCAGGCCAGAUCCGCGCCAAGAAGAGUGUGAAGGAGGGCAUCCUGUUGAAGCAGACUAGCUCCUUUCAAAGAUGGAAGAGGAGAUACUUCAAACUAAGGGGCAGGACUCUCUACUAUGCCAAGGACUCUAAGUCUCUUAUAUUCGACGAAGUCGACCUUUCGGAUGCCAGCGUGGCAGAGACAAGCACCAAGAACAUAAAUAACAGUUUUACAGUGAUCACGCCUUUCCGUAAGUUGAUGCUAUGUGCGGAGAGCAGGAAAGAGAUGGAGGAUUGGAUCAGCGCCCUGAAGUCUGUACAGAAAUGGGAGACAUACGAGGCCAGCCAAUUUAAUAUGGAGCACUUCUCCGGGAUGCAUAAUUGGUAUGCGUGCUCUCAUGCGCGCCCUACAUUCUGUAACGUCUGUCGCGAGGCAUUGCCCGGAGUCACCUCACAUGGCCUGUCCUGCGAGGUGUGUAAGUUCAAAGCUCAUAAACGGUGUGCUGUCCGAUCCACUAACACCUGUAAAUGGACCACUCUGGCUUCUAUUGGAAAUGACAUCAUCGAGGAUGAAGAUGGCGUGGCCAUGCCUCACCAGUGGCUGGAGGGGAACCUGCCGGUCAGUGCUAAGUGUGUGGUGUGUGAUCGGACAUGUGGCAGUGUGCGCAGGCUGCAGGACUGGCGCUGUCUCUGGUGCAAAGCCAUCGUACACAGUAGCUGUAAGGAGCAGUUGGGGAAGGUGUGUCCACUGGGUCAGUGUAAAGUGUCCAUUAUUCCUCCCACAGCUUUAAACAGCAUUGAUUCAGACGGCUUCUGGAAAGCCACGAGUCCAUCCUGCUCCAGUCCUCUGCUGGUGUUGGUGAACAGCAAGAGUGGUGACAACCAGGGAGUGAAGUUCCUGCGCAAGUUCAAGCAACAGCUCAAUCCUGCGCAGGUCUUUGACCUCAUGAACGGAGGACCACAGCUGGGACUACGGCUGUUCCAGAAGUUUGUAACAUUCCGUAUCCUCGUGUGUGGAGGUGAUGGCAGCGUCGGUUGGGUUCUGUCUGAACUGGAUAAACUGGGACUGCACAAACAGUGCCAGUUGGGUGUGCUUCCCCUGGGCACAGGAAAUGACCUGGCACGAGUGCUGGGUUGGGGGGGUUUGUGUGAUGAUGAUGCGCAGCUCUUGCAGAUCCUGGAGAAGCUGGAGAGAGCUACCACCAAGAUGUUGGACAGAUGGAGUGUAAUGACAUACGAAGUUCCCACCAAAACUGCACCUGUUAUUGUUAAAGAAGAUGAUCCUUCAGACUCUCCACUCCAGAUUACUCAUUAUGCUGACUCUGUCGCCUCUCAUCUGACAAAAAUCUUGGACUCGGACAAACACAGUGAUGUCAUAUCCUCUGCUAAGUUUUUGUGUGGGACGGUCAACGAGUUUGUAGCCGAGGUUGGAAAAGCCUAUGAGAAAGCAACUGAAAACAAGGAGGAGGCUGAUGCUAUGGCUAAAAAGUGCGCCAUGCUGAAUGAAAAGCUGGACUCUCUGGUGCGGGCACUGAGCGAGGAGGCUGAUGCUCAGCUCGUACCCGCAGGCUCUCAGCCCCCUGAACAGGAGAGCGAGUCGAGCAGCCCGGAUGCCCCGAGUGUCCCCAGACCCUUCAGAUCCAAAGAGCAGCUGAUGCUGAGAGCCAACAGCCUGAAGAAAGCACUGCGGCAAAUCAUAGAGCAGGCGGAGAAAGUGGUGGAUGAGCAGAACAGACACACCCAGGUACAGAGGAUGUCCUCCUCGUCUUCAAUAAAAAGGAGCAGCAGUGAGGACCUCAAGGAGGCGGAGCCACGUCAAAGUGCCCAGACGCCCAACAUCCCCAUAGUGCUGGAGAAAGCAGAGAGCUGCAACAGUACCCCAGCUUUUACUGAGGAGCAGUGCACAGAGAAGUGUGUGAUGAAUAACUACUUCGGAAUUGGCCUGGAUGCCAAAAUCUCCCUGGAGUUCAACAACAAGAGGGAUGAGCACCCUAAGAAGUGCAGCAGUCGCACGAAAAACAUGAUGUGGUACGGCGUCCUGGGGACAAAAGAGCUCGUUCAGAAAACCUACAAGAACCUGGAGCAGAGAGUGCAACUGGAGUGUGAUGGGGUGCCCAUGUCUUUGCCCAGUCUACAAGGCCUGGCCGUACUCAACAUCCCUAGUUAUGCAGGGGGCAUAAACUUUUGGGGAGGCACCAAGGAGGAUAAUAAUUUUGGAGCGCCGUCGUUUGAUGAUAAGAAGCUGGAGGUUGUGGCUGUGUUCGGCAGCAUGCAGAUGGCCAUGUCCCGCGUCAUUAAUCUACAGCAUCACCGCAUCACGCAGUGUCGGCAGGUGAAGAUCAUCAUUAAAGGAGAUGAAGGCGUUCCAGUGCAAGUGGAUGGAGAAGCCUGGAUCCAACCGCCCGGGAUUGUCCAGAUCAUCCACAAAAAUCGUGCUCAGAUGCUUACCAGAGAUCGGGCUUUUGAGAGCACGCUGAAGUCGUGGGAGGAUAAGAGGAAGUAUGACAGCUGCCGUUCUGCUCGGCCACGUCUCAAUUCGCAACAAUCCAUGGAAUACCUGACUGAGGAGGAAUGUGCCCAGGUGCAACAACUUGGCCUGGUGGCUGACUCACUCAUUAACAGGAUACGGGAAGUGGCCAAGACCCAUAAGGUGGUGGAACAGGAGUUGGCUCAUGCAGUAAAUGCCAGUGCUGCUGUCCUCACUGAGGCAUUUCCCUCUAAACCCUCCAGCCCAGAGUGUCUGAGUCGCAGCACCGCUGUGGAGAUUGUCAACAGCAGUAAAGUGCUGCAGCAGGAGACUAAAAUGCUGUUAGAAGGGAAACUGCUGCAGUUAGAGGCUCCUCAGGAAGAAGAUCUGCUUUCCACGCUCAACUCUCUCAGCGCUGAGUUAAUCAAACUGGAGGACAUCCACUGGAUCUGUCCCAGCAUGCAUUGCUCCGAAGAGGACUCAUCCAGAACAAGCGCUAAGAGCAGCAGCAUGAAGCUGAAGAUCAUCCCCAAAGUAAAGAAGGAGAGAGAGAAGCUGCACAAGCAGCGCUCCAACAGUUCUCUCUCAGCAGAGAGAUGGGGUGCAGAGGAGGUGGGCACGUGGCUGGAUUCGUUGGGGUUAGGGGAGUACAGGGAGAGGUUUGUGGCCCGGGACAUCCAGGGCUGGCAGCUGGCUCAGCUCCAGAGACAAGACCUGAAGGAUCUUGGGAUAUCAAAGGUGGGUCAUGUGAAGCGGAUCCUGCAGGCAAUUGAGGAGCUGGAGGGUAUGCUGUAGUGGACACGCCACACCACACCACACCAUGGGAAUCUGCCUUUCACCAAUGAAGAGGUGUUCAGGGCUCACUAUCACACACUGCGUGUGUGUGUAUGUGUGUGUGGGCGGCUGUGAGAGGCAUGACAUCGCACUGCACUGCAUCGACAUUCCAGUUACGUUCUCUGUCCGUCCUCUGUCUGCUGGUGCCCUUGGUGAUCAACAGACACUGGGAGUACACGACAGUACCCGGAAUCUUUUUCUGCACUCUUUAUUCGUUUUUAUGACCCGUAUGAUUUCCUGUGCGCUUCUUCUCACGCAUGAGACAGAUCUUUCUUCCUUCCUUCCUUUCUUCCUUUCUUCUUUUAACGAUUUCCUUUUUUUUCUGAUCUGCUUUGAAAGCCAAUUGGUGCAAACUGGUAUUUCCAGAAAACUCUCCUUUCGAGUCAUCGGAACAACGUUAAACGAACAAAUUUUAAAACGCAACAAAAAGAAGAAAAACGCAUCAGAAGUGUAUUGUGGAAUUUGUAUUAGCUGUCAAAACUACGCAAUGUAAGAGCUGCAUUCUGUCUGAUUCACUCUCAAUGUAUUUAAAGACAGUCGGUGUUUCUGCAUGCCUUUUGCGUCCACAAUCCUUGAGCAGGAAACAAAAGCUGUUAGAUUUUUAUUAUUAUUAUUAUUUUUAAUUAUAAUAAUAGCAGACGUAUAGUGCUGUUGUGCCGCUCGUGUGCCAGGUGAGCUGUGGUUCUUCAAGCUAUAGUGAUGUACAUUUGUGCCAAUUUCCUCAACAAGUCGCAGUGGUUACAGUGAGCUGAUAUUUUUUUGCCUUGGUUUUUUUUUUUUUCCUUCUUUAAAGAAAAAUGAGGGGAAAAUGCAACAUCGUACAUUUCAGAAAGUGUUAAAUUUCAUUGCCUUGCACUUUAGUGAGGAAAACGGUCUUUGAAAAGCAAACUUGAAAGUGGUGUGUUGUAAAAAAAAAAAAAAAAUCCUUUUUUUUAUCAUAAGAUGAUAAAAGUGUAUCCCUAUUUAUUGCAAACCUAUUAAGAGAUGUGUGAUAGAUAAUAUAUUGUCAAACUAUGAAUGUUAAACCCAUGUGUCUGUUGUCAGAGUUAGAGCUCAUAGUCGUACACUAGAACAAGACAUUUCUACAUCCCAUAAUCUACGACUCCCACAGUCAGCUAUUAACAAUUAAAGCUUGAACUUUGACCUUCAGGUUUCUCCUAAUGAAGCUGGACAGAGCCCUCGAUGACUGAUUAAGAUGUACAUCUGUGGGGGAAAAAGGGACAUGCAAAAAAAAAAAAAAAAAAAACAAUUCUCUCAUUGCUCGGUGUGAGCCAAAAGUGUAGGAGUAUUUUAAAAGCUCGACGGUAAGAUUUGCACGUCUUUGAACAUCUUCUCCAGUUAAUGAUUCCCGCUGUCUGUUGUACAGUCGUGAGAAUAUUCCAGCGUCGCUUUUUUGUGUCCUCAAAGUGUCAAACUACUGACUGAGUGUUAUCAGGGACAAAGGAAGAGCCUGUGGAUGUGGACGCCACACAAAGCCUAUGAUUUUCAGGUUCUUUGAAAAGAAAAAGGGCCUACUUAGCUUUUUUUUUUUUUGUCAUUCAUAACAGCAUUGAUGAGACUACUGCUUACUCUUUAUUGUUUACUCUUAAACUAUGUAAUUUAUCUUUUGAAAUUAUUUAAUAAUUUUAUUUGAAUGCUAAAUUUUACUUUUCACGGCUCUGAGUUUUGUCUGUUGGCUGCUCUCGCUCUGAUUCAGGAUUAUCGCUGUUUAUUUGAAGCAAAAAUAAAGUUUGGCCAUCGCUGUU